ACGUUCAAAACUAGCGCGAUCUCAUUCCUGCAGGCUGCAGCGAUGGUAUACGUAUUUUUGAGCUAUUAUUGUGAUUAUUGUGAAUUAUUUAGAUCGGAAGUAAGGAUAUGGCUGUGACGAAUGGAGGAUAUAAGGAUCACAGAAGCAUGAGAUGACAAGGUAUGCACUUGCAGGCAAGAUGAAUGGAACAUAAUGACUUCAUGGACCAGGAAAGCAAAUCCACUGAUGUGCUGUAUGACCAGAAGGAUUUUUCUGAAUGUGAUGACUUGAAUGAAGUUCGCCAGCUGGUGCAGUUCUCUCGAGCGGAGGUGCGCUCUGAACAUGUGUGGCUGGAGCGGCUCUCGCUGCCCUGUGUGCUGGAGACGGCCCUCGAGACGCUGGCCUCGCUGCCCGACAGCCAGCUGCUGGCGGCUGCCGAAGCUGCCCAGCUGCCGGCAGCGCUCGGCUCUCUGCCGGCAGCAGCGCGGGCCGGGCCCCUGCCGGCUCUGCUGCGCCGUCUGUCGGGGGUCGGGUCGGAGCCCGCCCUGCGACUGGCAGCAGACAUGUUCUGGGACCUCUACACAGCAGAUGUCGCCCCGGUCGUGGAGCGCUGCCGCUGCCUGCUCGCCUCUCCGGCCCUCCUGGAGCGACUCACCCUCACCGCCAUCGGCCGGCGCGAGCUGACCCCGCUGGCGCGCCUGGCCGCCGCCAGCGAGCCGCUCUCGGCGCGCCUUUUCCGGCUCGUUCGCGCCGUGUUCGAGUCGAGCGGCGGCUGCGGCGCGGCCGCGGCGUUGGCGGCGCAGCUGGCGUCGGACGUACAGCCGCAGCUGCCGCCGGGACUGCUGCAGGCUCCAGCGGCGUCCCUGGUGCUCUCUGACCGCCGCGCGCCUAGCAGGCUAGAGACUCUGACGCGCCGGAGACGAGGCUCGGCGCACGUGCGGUGGCUGGCGGCGCUCUACCCGGACCAGAUGAGGACUUUGUGUACAGAGAGGACGCUGUACGGGUGCCCGAGACUGAGGAGGCUACUGGCGGGGGCGCAGGGCCCCGUGUUGUGACCGCAGUGAUCUGAUCCCGGAAUGUACGAGAGGACGUACUUUUCAGGGCGUUGAUACUGAGUUUGAUUUGUAUCGGUCGAGGGUAUGCUGCACCAGCGACCAGUGAGUUGGGUGUGACCGAAUUUCUGCAGGCUUGUGCCAUGUGAUAGCGGAUGAUCGAUCAUUCAACGUUGUGAUAUUCAGUCUGGCCAUGGCAAUGGACGUAUCUCCUUGCCUCAUUGCAUGCAUAGUACUCAAUUGGCAUAUCCUCCAGAUGUUGCCGUGACUAUUUGUGGCGGUAUGUUUGAUGCAAGAAUGGUGGGCCGAGAGCGCACAUAAUCCAGGUGCUCUACUGAGACUGCACUUUACCUCAUCGCCAGUGUGGAACUGGACAGGUAUGUUCUUAAGCUUGUCGUUUUGCGAUCUUGUUCACUCGCAUGUUGUAUGCAAUUAUAAUCCUGUUUUAGCAUAGCGUCAUCGCAGUUCAUUAUACCAGUCAUCGACGUGCAUUAGCCAGACAUGCAAUGCAAUAAAUAUUGAACGUUCGUAAUUCCCGAGUCAUGAAAGGAAAUAGAGAGCAGCAAAUC